GCAACGGGGUGUGCGUAAGCGGGAACGAGCACUGUACGUGCGCGCUAUCUCAGCACAGUGACAAAUAUGGCGGCCUCCGCCGGAUCAGGCAUUGUUGUUCCUCGCAGCUUUCGGCUGCUGGAGGAGUUGGAAGAAGGUCAGAAAGGUGGUGGAGACGGUACUGUGAGCUGGGGCCUUGCUGACGAUGACGACAUGAUGCUAACUCACUGGAACGGCAUGAUUAUCGGCCCUGCUAAGACUGUUUAUGAAGGCAGAAUAUACAGUCUGAAAAUAGACUGCGGUCACAGAUACCCUGAAUACCCGCCUAUGGUCCGCUUUGUUAACAAAAUCAACUUGACUGGUGUUAACAGUUCAACUGGUGUGGUGGACCUAAAGUCUGUGCUGGCGCUGUCCCGGUGGAAGAACUCCUACAACAUCAAGAUGGUGCUGCAGGAGCUCAGGCAGCACAUGAUGAUGAAAGAGAACAGCAGGCUCUCCCAGCCGCCUGAGGGCCAGGUCUACAGCAACUGAAGCUGCUGCUACUGUCAACACUCUCUCGCACACACACACACAGAUAUAUAUAUCUACAUAUAUAUGCACACACACUCUCCAACCUCUUCAACCAUCAUGUUAUCCAAGACUGUCAGCCCCAACUUCUUCCUUUCAGAGCCUUCCGUUGCCCGGAGAACCCAGCUGCCUCGUCCGCCGCCCGGCCAUCUGUCAUGCUGACCAGCCGUAUAAAACAAAAAAAAAGAAACAAAAGUCUUAGUCAGCUUUUACUUUUCCCUCUUUGCAUCCAGAUCGCGGCCUAUCAAAUGGUCUGACGGAAUGUAUCGGUGUAUUCUGGGAUCAUGUGAGGCUGUUGACAUUUUGUGCAUGACGAACCACAACCUGCUGCAAACGAUCCCCGGCAAAAAGGCGGAAAAACCAACAAUUUACCACUUCGCUUCAGUUACCUUCACAUUUCCAAUCGUUCCCGUUUCUUCCUGGUGUAAACUUCUCGGGACCUUUCUUGAACUAAGCAUGUCCAGUACAAGAAGAUGAACGUCUUCUUGACGCUACGUAUCCGAAAGCCAGAGUGUUGCUGCUUUGUUUGAACUUGUUUGAACUUUAUUUUGCCAAACAUCUGUGCCAUAUGUUUCAUAGUGCUUUGUGCUAAUUGUUAGCAACCACUGGGAAAGAGGGCCAAAUGGGGGUUUGGGGAACGUUUUUGUGAGGAUCACCACUGGAGAACGUUUUCGUUCAACUUUGUUGUUGUUUUUUUUUUGUUUGUUUGUUUAUUUGUUUUUUCCUGUGUAUUCCAUGGAACUGUCUCUUCUUUCCGUCAUUCAGUGAACGCUCACUGAAGACAACGUACGGCUUUGGAUGUUUAUUUUGUAAUGGGGUAGAGCCUAAUCAGGGUGACGGUCACCUGUUGCAUGGUUUUAUUUGAAUUAAACAUUAUUACUUUUGCA